GAAAGUGGAGCAGGGAGGGGACAGCUGCCUGGAGAAGCCAGGAUGGAAGACGACUUCACAGGAGAAUAAAGCAGCAGUCCCAAGGUGACAAAGGACAGCCAGAAUGAAUCUGAGAACUCACGAGUGGUGCUGCUGUACAAAUUCAUGCCAGAUUCCGGAGGCCCUGCCCUCUCCACAAAUCCAUGCUGCCUCUGGUGGAAAGAACCAGAACUUACACACGCAACAAAGACACAAGAACACUUGCCUGGCUACAUCCCAACAACCCCAGUUGCACCUGUGGCACGGAACAGGCCUGCAAAAGUAAAGAACUCAGCAGGAAAGGCUUCCAGAAGGAGCCCAGCGUCUCUAGUAUAGCGUUCCACAAUUUCAGAGCAAAGUUGACACCGCCAACCGCCGUUGGUUUACCCGUCUGGGCAGCAUGGACUUCAAGUCCCAGCAGGCAUUGCGGCCGACACACCGGGAACUACGGGGUCCGAGAGGAAGGCUGGGAGCGACCGGUCCUUGCCCUCCCAGAAGCCCGCGGGCGGCUCGGAACGCCGUCCAUAUCAUGGCCGCGGGAGCCGGGACGGCGGGCUCCGCUUCCGGCCCGGGCGUCGUGCGUGACCCGGCGGCGUCACAGUCGAAGAAGCGUCCCGGCAGGGAGGGCGCGCAGCGAUCGGACGCGAUGGCGGGAGGAGGCGGGAGCAGCGACAGCAGCGGGAGGGCUGCAGGCAGGCGGGCGUCCCGCAGCGGCGGGCGGGCUCGGCGGGGGCGCCACGCACCGGGGCUGGGGGGCGCCGCGGAGCGGGGCGCGGGGGAGGCGCGGCUGGAGGAGGCAGUCAACCGCUGGGUGCUCAAGUUCUACUUCCACGAGGCGCUGCGGGCCUUUCGGAGUAGCCGCUUUGCUUGUCAGGCCCUUGGGGAAGGAACAUACCGUGUCUCGGCUGCUGCGGGUUAUGCAGUGUUUGUCGCGCAUUGAAGAAGGGGAAAAUUUAGACUGUUCCUUUGAUAUGGAGGCUGAGCUCACACCACUGGAAUCAGCUAUCAAUGUGCUGGAGAUGAUUAAAACGGAAUUUACACUGACAGAGGCAGUGGUCGAAUCCAGUAGAAAACUGGUCAAGGAGGCUGCAGUCAUUAUUUGUAUCAAAAACAAAGAAUUUGAAAAGGCUUCAAAAAUUUUGAAAAAACAUAUGUCCAAGGACCCCACAACUCAGAAGCUGAGAAAUGAUCUCCUGAACAUUAUCCGUGAAAAGAACUUGGCCCACCCUGUUAUCCAGAACUUUUCCUACGAAACCUUCCAGCAGAAGAUGCUGCGCUUCCUGGAGAGUCACCUGGAUGAUGCAGAGCCCUACCUCCUCACGAUGGCCAAAAAGGCUUUGAAAUCUGAGUCUUCCACCUCAACCACAGUGAAGGAAGGUAAACAGCCAGCACCAGAGCCUGUGGAAAAGCCACUCAGAGAACCUGCCAGGCAGCUACAGAACACUCCAACCACCAUUGGAAUUAUGGCUCUGAAAGCAGCUUUCAAGACUCUGUCCAGUGCACAGGAUUCUGAGGCAGCCUUCUCAAAACUGGACCAGAAAGAUAUGGUAUUUCCUAAUAAAGUGUGCCCACCAUCACCAGCCCUCAAAAACAAGAGACCGAGAAAGGAUGAAAACGAAAGUUCAGCCCCUGCUGAGGGUGAGGGUGGCUCUGAACUGCAGCCCAAGAACAAGCGCAUGACAAUAAGCAGAUUGGUUUUGGAGGAGGACAGCCAGAGCACUGAGCCGAGCGCAGGCCUCGACUCCUCCCAGGAAGUCAUUCCUGCUUCACCAUCCAAGCCCACCAUCCUCAACCAACCCCUCCCUGGGGAGAAGAAUCCCAAAGUACCCAAAGGCAAGUGGAACAACUCUAAUGGGGUUGAAGAAAAAGAGACUUGGGUAGAAGAGGACGAACUGUUUCAAGUUCAGGCAGCACCAGAUGAAGAGAGUACAACCAAUAUAACAAGAAAGCAGAAGUGGACUGUAGAGGAAAGCGAGUGGGUCAAGGCUGGAGUGCAGAAGUACGGGGAAGGAAACUGGGCCGCCAUUUCUAAAAACUACCCAUUUGUUAACCGAACAGCUGUGAUGAUUAAGGAUCGCUGGCGGACCAUGAAAAGACUUGGCAUGAACUGAAACAGGCCUUCAUUUCCACAGAAUUCACAGGAGCAUGGUUCCUAAUAAUAGCCCCUGGUAGUCUGCUGUUUCUUUCAGAAGCUGGGCUGGGAUGAGAAUUUUGGGCAUCUUCCUCCCAUGUGGGGGAGGUCCCAGUUCCACUUCAUCACAGUUGGAGAUCAUGGAGCUGAGAAACAAAGCCAAGUCCACCCCAUGUCCUUGACAGAGAUGACAGGCACAUAGCUUGUACAGUGCCAGAAUACCAUUAGUAUUUCCCUUCUUUAGUGGUUUGCUUGAAUUUAAAUCCCUGGUAAUCAGUAGAACCUUCUCCUAGGAAAUGGUGGAGUCUGUUAGGAGUCACUUUUGACUCCAUGACCUGUUAAAACCAGCAACAUGAGCAUUAUUUGGAGCAAACUUGUUCCAGGUAAAGCUUUGGCCUUCUGAUGCACAUGCAAAGGAACUUCAUCUGUCAUGAACCCAGGUUGAUGAGAGACCAGUCCUGGUGGAAUCAGAGUCCCUUUAAAAACUCUUUAGCCAGUUGUGACAUCAACUCCUAGACGUGACUGCCUUGGCAUUUGCUCUAUUUGCUGGGCUAUGUAGGCAGGUUUAACCUCCACUUCUCACGUGGUUGAACCAGUGUGUUUUUUGGUAAAAUGGUGAUUGUAGAUAAGCUUAGCCCCUCUCCCCAUCCUCUCUUCCCAAUUCCCUUCUUUAUGUUGGACUUUUAAAGCUUAAAAAAAUCCUGAUUGAGUAUAAAUGCCUAAUUCCAUUCUUUGUGAAAUGGUUGCUUCCGCCUGAUUCCCUAAUUGUGCUGUGUUAGUGUCUUGCACUGGAAUUCAACAUUCCCUUCUCCUUUUGUACUGUGUUGUGCUUGCUGUCUCUCAGACAUCCUUAAAGACUGUCUUUUUAGGAAAAAAGAAUUUCAGUAAAGUGUUUUCUGUAA